AUGGAGAUGGUCAAGGGAAAUCAGACUAAACAUUGUUUUUUUCAUGAGCAUCCCUUGGUAUUGGUUGAAGCGCAAGGGGAUGAGAAUGAGAAAGCUCUUUGCUCACUGUGUGGGGAAGUGAUGCCAGCUUCAAAGUUUAGUUGUGUUCACUGCAACUACCACCUCCAUCCGGAAUGUGCCCAAAUACCCCAGAUCAUUUUCCCACACCCUUUGCAUCCGCCACACUAUGGUCUUUGGUUCAGUUCACCACCAAAGAUGUCGUAUGGAGAGAGUGAUUGUGCAAUGUGCAAGGAAACCUGUAAGUUUUAUUUUUAUCGUUGUUUCAAUUGUGGUGAGUUUCGUCUCUGCACCAAAUGUGCUGUGUCUUCUUGGAAUUUGAUUGGUAGGAAAAACAAGUCAAAGUAUGAGUUCAAAGAUGAAGACCACCAACUUCCCUUCGUCUUCCUCCAAAACCAUAGAUAUGAACUCAAAAGGGCCUGUUGCUCAUGGUGUCAAGAAUCCUUAAUAGGUCCCAUUUAUGUUUCUGUUGGUUGUAAGUUUAAACUUCACCAAAAAUGUUUUCACGACUUACCCACAGAAAUUGCUCACCCUUGCCACCGUUUACACCCUCUCUUUCUUCACUUUGAGAAAAACAAGUUCUUUUGUGAGGUCUGCCAAAAGGAUGACGAUUAUAAUCUUUUGUAUCAUUGUUUGGCUUGCAAGUUUGAUAUUCACCUUGAAUGCAUUCUAUCUAGACAUAUAGUUGAAGCUAACAGGAAUCAUGAACACCAGUUCAUCCUACUUUACAGAAAUGAUCCAUUCAUUUGUAAUGCAUGUGGCACCAUCGGUAAAUUUGUUUCCUAUAUAUGUCCUACAUGCCACCUCCAAGUCCAUAAAAGUUGCACUCAGCUGCCGCGGAAGAUCAAAGCCGCUCGACACGGUCGUGUUCUUCUCCGCAAGUAUUUCCUUGGAAAAGGAAAAGCUGGAGAUUGUCAAAUUUGUUUCGAGCAAGUGAAGGAGGAGUAUGGAUGUUACGGUUGUUCGAAAGAAGCCUGCAAUUUUAUGGUUCAUGUGAAAUGUGUGUUGGAGGAUGAUUCCUUGUACGCCAUAAUUGAUCAAGAAAAUGGAGAUUGGGAUGAUGCUAAGGAUUUUUCUCCCAGCAUCCGUGUUAUCAAGGUGAAUGAGCGCGGCGAAGCUACGGAGGUACGUCAUUUCAACCAUGUGCACGAUUUGGUGUUAGAAGACAAGAUCAAAGGGGACGAUGACAGAGCUUGCGACGGGUGCAUGUUGCCUAUCUCGACUCCGUUUUAUUAUUGUUCUAAGUGCGGUUUCUUCCUCCACAAAACCUGUGCUGAACUACCCAGAGUUAAACAUCACUGGUUUCAACUACACGCCAUCACCCUCGAAGCCCGUAAUUGGAGCAGGUGUUUCUUGUGUGAUCGCUUGUGCAGUGGUUUGUUUUAUAGUGGUAUUGGAGGCCGUAAGUUUUGCCUAAGGUGUGCCAAAGUCCCUUAUACCAUCAAACACGAAGGGCACCAACACAUGCUCUUUUUUGAUCAUAAAUUUCAAGGGGAAUGCAAUGGUUGUGGUCUCAAUCAUAGGUAUUUUGGUGGAUUCAGAUGUAAGGAGUGCAGUUUUAGUUUGGACUUUGCAUGCCUCACAUCACCGCUUGCAGUUCAGCACAAAUGUGACCGCCACUUACUGAGACUCAGCUACGAUGAUCGGAACGAUGAUCCAGAACAGUUUUAUUGUGAUGCUUGUGAAAAGAAGAGAGAUAGUAGCCGUUGGUAUUAUUCGUGUUCAACUUGCGAUAAUUCUCUUCAUUCCAAAUGCACUCUCGGAAGUUAUCCUUUUCUUAAAGAUGAAGCCACUUUUGACCGAGAUUAUCACCACCACAGUCACAUAUAUCUCGAGUACGUAUGCAAGGUUGUUGACGGCUAUCCUUAUUGUUCGAGAUGCGGUAAGCCUUGCCAAAAUGAAGCUCUCAAGUGUACCCAAUGUGACUAUAUCGUUCACUUCAAUUGCGCUUGAUACGGUGAGCCAAGUGGUCACGAAGGAAUUCUCGGCCACAUCCUACUUGUCAUCGCCAC